AUGAAAGAGUAUUGGACUUCUUUGGCCUCUUUGCUAGGCGUUUUAGCCUUCUGCCAGAGCCUCCUCCAAACAGUUUUCCCACCAGAGCUUCGCUUCGCCUUCGUGAAGCUCUUCAACAAGAUCUUCCACUGGUUCUCCUCCUACUACUACUUCGACAUCACGGAGAUCGACGGCGUCAACACCAACGAGCUCUACAACGCCGUCCAGCUCUACCUGAGCUCCACCGUCUCCAUCUCCGGCACCCGCCUCAGCCUGACACGUGCCCUCAACUCCAGCGCCAUCACUUUUGGGCUCUCUAACAAUGACUGCAUGGUGGACGCCUUCAAUGGCGUCACCGUCCUCUGGGAGCACGUGGUCACGCAGAGGCAAUCCCAGACGUUCUCAUGGCGGCCAUUGCCGGAGGAGAAAAGAGGCUUCACUCUGCGCAUCAAGAAGAAAGACAAGUACGUCAUUCUCAACAGUUACUUGGAUUUCAUAAUGGACAAGGCCAACGAAAUUCGAAGGAAAAACCAGGAUCGGCUUCUGUACACAAAUUCGAGAGGUGGGUCGUUGGAUUCUCGAGGCCAUCCUUGGGAAUCUGUGCCCUUCAAGCAUCCAAGCACGUUUGACACAUUGGCUAUGGACCCAAAGGUGAAGAAGGAGAUUAUGGAUGAUCUCAGGGACUUUGCCAAUGGCCAAGCCUUUUACCAGAAGACAGGGCGCGCUUGGAAAAGAGGGUACCUUCUGUAUGGCCCUCCAGGCACUGGGAAGUCAAGCAUGAUUGCUGCAAUGGCUAAUUUUCUUGGGUAUGAUAUUUAUGAUCUUGAGCUCACUGAGGUGCACACCAACUCUGAGCUGAGGAAAUUGCUGAUGAAGACAAGUUCCAAGUCUAUUAUUGUGAUUGAGGAUAUAGAUUGUUCAAUUAAUUUGACUAACAGGAAGAAAAACAAUGGUGGUGAUGGAGGAGCUUCUGCUAGGACUUAUUAUGAUUCAAUGGAAAUGAGAGGAGGUGGAGGUGGUGUUUCAGUUCCUGGAGAAGAAGGUGGUGGUGGAAAUUCAAUUACACUUUCUGGGUUGUUGAAUUUCACUGAUGGGUUGUGGUCUUGUUGUGGGAGUGAGAGGAUUUUUGUGUUCACAACCAACCACAUUGAGAAGCUUGACCCUGCAUUGCUGAGAAGUGGAAGAAUGGAUAUGCAUAUAUUCAUGAGCCACUGUUCAUUUCCAGCGUUGAAGAUUCUGCUGAAGAACUAUUUGGGGUAUGAGGAGGGUGAUUUGGAUGAGGAGAUUGGGAAGGAGUUUGAAGGGGUUUUGGAAAAAGCUGGAAUGACACCAGCUGAUGUGAGUGAGGUGUUGAUCAAGAACCGGCGCGAUAAGGGCAACGCCGUGAGGGAAUUGUUGGAGGCAUUGAAGGCAAGGGCAGAGAAGAACAAUGCAGGGGGUGGUUCAAGGGACAAGGUUAAUGGAGGCCAUGAUUUGGAGGAGGAGGAGGAAGAAGAGCAGGAGAAGAGGGCAUUGGAGAGCCCUAAAGAAGAAGGUUGUGACUUUGUUGAGGACAGCUGCAAGAAAGGUGAUGAGAAGGAUCCGAAAGAAGAUAAUGAGAUCAUAGAAAAAUGA